UUUUUCAAUUCUAAACUAUUUCAUUGACGUCACGGUUUCCGUGCAGUCUCCUUUAAGGUUGCCAGGGGUUACGGGCUCACAUGUCAGAACGAGAAGAAUUGACGUCAGUGACGGCUGUUGAUUGGUUCUCAGCCUUAUCCGGUGGGGCAGCGGUCCAGGGCUCGGGGAAAAAAAUCGAAGCGAGGAGGAUCUGGUAACAAUACGCUUUAAGAAAUAUCAUCCAUCCCGAGUCGCUAUCGAAGGGCUCGGCAGAAACUUACAGAUUCUUUACAAAGGUUAAAGGUCACAGAGAAGGGUUGUGGUUGUCGUCAUGGCAUCUGGAAGUACGAGCAGCGAGGAGGAGCGGAGCCUGAGGGAGUGUGAGCAGUACGUGCAGAGACACAACAUUCAACAGCUGCUGAAGGACUGCAUUGUCCAGCUGUGCACUUCCAGGCCGGACAGGCCCAUGGCCUUCCUCAGAGAGUACUUCGAGAGGCUGGAGAAGGAGGAGACCAAGCAGAUUCAGAACCAGCAGAAGGCCAGCAGUUCCCGUUCAGACUCGCGCGAUGAGGAGGUGUCUCCACCCAUGAACCCCGUGGUAAAGGGCCGCCGGCGGAGAGGAGCCUUCAGCGCAGAGGUCUACACAGAGGAGGAUGCUGCCUCAUAUGUCAGAAAGGUCAUUCCAAAAGACUAUAAGACGAUGGCAGCCUUGGCCAAAGCUAUUGAAAAGAACGUUCUCUUCUCACACCUGGACGACAACGAGAGGAGUGACAUAUUUGAUGCAAUGUUUCCAGUCACCUACAUCGCUGGGGAAACGGUUAUUCUGCAGGGCACCGAAGGUGACAAUUUCUAUGUCAUCGACCAAGGGGAGAUGGAUGUGUAUGUGAACAAUGAAUGGGUGACAAGCAUCGGGGAGGGAGGCAGCUUUGGAGAGCUGGCCCUGAUAUACGGCACCCCGAGGGCGGCCACAGUUAGAGCCAAGACCAAUGUCAAGCUGUGGGGCAUCGACAGAGACAGCUACAGGAGAAUACUGAUGGGAAGCACUUUGAGAAAGAGGAAGAUGUAUGAGGAAUUCCUCAGGAAAGUGUCCAUUCUAGAGUCUCUUGACAAAUGGGAGCGCCUGACAGUGGCCGAUGCCUUGGAGCCCGUCCAGUUUGAGGACGGACAAAAGAUUGUUGUGCAGGGAGAGCCUGGAGAUGAAUUCUUCAUCAUCUUAGAGGGUUCUGCAGCUGUGUUGCAGCGUCGCUCAGAGAACGAGGAGUUUGUGGAAGUGGGGAGGUUAGGACCCUCUGACUACUUCGGUAAGAACUAAAGCGUCACCACAGCA